AUGCCCAGAAGAACCUUCUCCGAACUUUCAUCCACUCCUUCAGCAGCACUGAAGGCACAGGUGAGAGUUGUUCAAGGCAGCAGCAGUGCAGCACUGAAGGCACAGGUGAGAGUUGUUCAAGGCAGCAGCAGUGCAGCACUGAAGGCACAGGUGAGAGUUGUUCAAGGCAGCAGCAGUGCAGCACUGAAGGCACAGGUGAGAGUUGUUCAAGGCAGCAGCAGUGCAGCACUGAAGGCACAGGUGAGAGUUGUUCAAGGCAGCAGCAGUGCAGCACUGAAGGCACAGGUGAGAGUUGUUCAAGGCAGCAGCAGUGCAGCACUGAAGGCACAGGUGGUCGCUGACUGGUGGCGAACCAACACCCUUUAUUACGACUGCUCUGGCCGCCCUGUCUCCUCUUCUGUCCUCUUAGCAAGGGAGCACCACGUGAGGCAACCUCUCAGGCUGCUGUUUGGGCUCAAGUCAAUAAAGCGGGUGGUAAAGAAGAGAAUGAACAGCGGCGCUUUCCCCCUUGAUGAGAAUGGCGUUUACUUCGUGAUCGGCGAUGGGAGUGUUGCUCAGAGGGACAACCAGGGUGGCAUGUGCAGCGCUUACUGCGGGUGGCACGACUUUGUGAGGAUUCGGAAGAAGCUCAUCAAAGUGGCUUAUGUGGGAAGCCCUGUCAAGUGCCCCACCAGCUGUUGGAUGGCUGCCUUUGCCUUCAACGACAGUCCCAACAGCGAUCCAUCCUUCGACUCGCUGCUCUCCACGUUUGCUCACGAGCUCGCAGAGGCGACGAGUGACCCCUACGUCACCAAUUGGUAUGACGCUGCUGGGCAGGAGAACGCCGACAUAUGCGCCUGGAAGUGA